AGCACAGCCGGCUCGAAGGUCUGACUGGGGUUUGCGCGCGCUUGUUCCAACGCACAUCUGAGCCUUUCAUGCCACUCCCCGGCAAGUUCUCAGGUGCAGGCGUCGGCUUGUCGACGACGGCGACCUCUUUGCUCUUCAAGCUCUCCCGGAAGAUGACUCAGGAGGAGUUUUUGAUUGAGUUGCACCGCUUGUGUGGCCAGUGGCAUCAGAAGCCCUACGACUUUGUCCACUUGCCAUGGGCAAAGCUGGCAGUUGUCAACUUCAUCAGCCACGAGGCCUGCGCCUCAUUCUUCAACAUGGUGAAGGCGCUUGCAGGCUUGCCGGGAAUUGGCCUCACCGAUGUCCGGGAGGCACUGCAUCAGGGCCUCGCAGCCAACUUGGGGCAUUUCUGCGCCAAGUGCCGACAGAUGAGUGUGUACGAGAACGCCCCUCUGGUUUUUGUGGACGGUGCGACAGUCCCGCUGGCUCUGGCUUGCCAAAUCUUGGUCGACAGCCAGCUUCAUGCCGCACGGAGUGAGCCUGGGGCAAGAAAGCAGGACUUUGAGGCCUGGGCUGGCUAUGGGUCCAAGUGCGGCCUCUCGGGAUGGGGCGUGGGAGUCAAAGGCUCCGCCCUAGUCAUCGAGCUCUGAAGACGGGGGUAGCGACGGCGAGGCGGUUUUUUUAGUGGCA